AUGAACAUGUACUCCAACCUCGUCCAGCAAUGCUUCGACCACUGCGUCAACGGCUUCGAGAGCAAGUCCCUCACCUCGCGCGAAGAGAGCUGCGUUAUGCGAUGCGUCGACAAGCACAUGAAGGGCUCCCAGCGAUUAGGCGACCGCUUCCAAGAACAAAACGCUGCCAUGGCACAACAAGGUGGCAUGGGCGGAAGAUAA